CCUGGUAGUGCUCAAUUGUUCAUUGAGUGAUAACAGGAUAAAUGCCAUAUCUUUGAAAGAUUUCGUAGGAAAGGUAGAAAUUUCUAAGACCAUCUUCUCUGGAAAUGGAAUGGAUGGUUUGACGGUUGAACGGAUCUAUGGUAGAAUAACGGUGGUUGGCUCUCAUUUUAUUAACAACAACGCCAGCGGUCUUCGCUUCUGGGACAGUAGCUUUCUGCCGUGUAAAAAUCGGAACGAGUAUGAAGUCAAUUCUACUAUGGUGGUAAACAGAAACUCCUUUGUUGGAAACAAAGGAGGAGGUAUCGUUUUGUCGCCAAAUUCGCACAGGUGGUAUUGGUGGUGGCGAUGGAACUACCCAAGAACAAUUGAUUUUGUUGUGAAGAAUAAUCUUUUUGAACAAAACAAAGUUAACUCAAUUUAUGUUAACUGUUUCGGUUUUCUUGGUUCAAAUUCGUCGUUAGAAUCAAACACAUUCUUAAACAAUAGUGACGGUGUGGUGACGUUCUUACCUAAUAACUAUUGCGAACCUGAUCGCAAAGGUAACCCUGUUAUCGUGACAAUCGACAGAAAUACAUUCACCAAAAAUCGUGCUGAAAAUCUGAUAUAUAUCGACUUCAAAAUAUACCCUGAGCCACGCUCAGCCUCUAUAAGAAAUAAUACGUUUAAUGACAACGAGCCUCCUACGAAAGAACAUUUUCCAAACUUUUUCCGUCGGCUAACAAGUCGUGCAGUGAUUGUUCUUAAGGAAGGAAAUUUUACAGUACAAGAGAACAUCUUUGAAAACCCCGACUUCACAUUUCAGAUUUCUUCAUUGCUUCGGGAUCACCAUCGAAUUGUUGAUGCAGAAAUGAACUGGUGGGGAACCGCUGAUGGAUGCAAAAUUAUGGACAGAGUGUUUGAUUUUCAACACAAUUCCCAGUUAUCCCAAUUUCGAUUCUUCCCAUAUUACACCUCAUAGGCCAAAAGUCCCGUGACUACUUCAAGACCAUACUGUUUCCUUAGAGGUUCCAGCAUCGGUGGAAGCCUAGACAGUCUGCUGACCUUGUCAAACGCUGACUCACCUUACGACGUCCGACAAGACGUUGUUAUCCUGACCAACGGUACUUUGCUCAUACCUAAAAAUGUCACGUUAAGGUUUUCUCCCAGGUCAGUGAUGGUGGUGAAAGGAACGCUCAUUGUCAAUGGGACUGAAAAUGAAAAAGUUAGAUUUUCGACAAAGCCAUACCAAGAGGAAUUCCGUUUGGCUGGAGGCGCUGGUCCUUGGGAGGGCAGAGUGGAAUUUCUGGUAGAUAACACCUGGUCGCCAGUGUGCGUUUCUUACAACAGAUCGUUUAUCUCAGAAUCAAAAGUUAUUUGCCAGAAACUCAACCUCUAUUAUCAGACUUAUUGGCUUCACACUCCUACUGAACAAGGCACUGGCUUUGUGCAUAACGUCAUCUGCGAUGAGAACAUUGACAAUGAUAUCGUCAAUUGCAGCGCUAACACUUGGAGUUAUAGACCUACCUGUACAGGUUAUACUGUACACGUGACUUGUCAACAGUACAACUGGGCUGGGCUUCACCUAGCAAUGACCAGUCAUCAAAGCAGCUUACUUUACCUGGAAAUCUUAGAUGCUGGGUUCGCAUAUCGCAGUGACAUCCAAAUUUCCGGUGCAGCUCUGACAAUCGACCUUAAUCAUCAUAACAUAACUAACGUUUUAAUGAAUAACUCUUUUGGAAUUGGUGUUCAAGUGGUAUACCAGACAUUACUUCAUUACAAGUCGUUGAUGCCACAAUCUACAAUAUCAUAUACAAAGUCACACGGUGUUCUCUCAUACUCUCCGUCCCUCAUUCUCACAGACAUAAAUAUCACAAGAAACGAUGGGAAUGGUUUCUUUUUCAAAAGCGCAACACGUUCUUUGGAUACAAUACACACGUUUACAACUGAAAUGGCCAGUCGAGACAUAAAAAAAACUCUUUACAUCUGCUCCCGCAACAAAACGUUUGUACCCCCUAAAAAAGUAUUUUAUUUUGGUCUAGAAACACUGGAACAUAGCCUUCAGUUCAGAUGUCAACAUGUCGUGGAAACAGAGCCAGGGUAUAUAAUAGUUAUUCAGCAGCUUUACAGGUCAUCAUAUCUAAACGAUUACGAUAUGUUCCUGCACGUGUAUAACGGCGUAAAUAUGUCACUUGGGACGCCAUUUAGGAUGGGAUCAUCAUCCGCGGAGAAUCGACUUGUUUUCACCUCUGUGAAUUCUUCGAUUUUUUUUUAUUUUUUCAAGCGCUCUGGCAUCAGUGAAGUCAUCAACUUCUUGGUGUAUACAGUGAAAGAAAGUCAAACCUUUAUGUACUUCGGAGGAGAAAUCAAAAUAGCUCGAGCUAACAUAGCCAAUAGCCUUCAGUCAGGUAUUCUGAUUGAAGUGAUCUCUCAGAAUGUUACCGUGCGAGACUGUGUGGUUACCGGAUCAUUAUAUCAUGGCAUAUAUAUCUCCACACAUUAUAGAUAUUAGUGGUCAGCCCAUGGCAUUGUUAGGAUUUCAAACUCGAGUAUUACAGCAAAUCAUCAACGCGGCCUCUAUAUCCUGGACUACUCAUUCGGGAAUGACUUAAACAUUUUACUGACUGGUAACUUGAUCUCUUCAAACAUCAGAGGAGGAGUUUUGUAUUACGCCUCUUAUUGGUAUUACUCUUAUUAUUGGUACCUAAACACUCCCUCACUAGAGAUCAAAUCAAACCGUUUUAUGCGUAACAAGGGAUCCACCGUUGAAAUUCAAAGUCACAAUUACUACCGUAAUCAAGUGAUUACAAUUGUUGAUAACUCA